GCAUCAGAUUCAGUUCGGCUUUUAACAGAAUAAAACCGCCAAGUGUUCAAGUUACCUCUAAUCAGUCAACCAAAAAAAAAAAAAAGAAAAAAAAUGAAGGUCCUCGCCGUUACCGUUUUGAUCGCCUGCUUCAUUGCCGCCAUUAGCUGUGCUCCCCAGUUUGGAUUCGGAAUGUCCGGUUCGGCUGCCAAUGCUGGCUCCCAGAGUUUUAACCAGGGUGGACCAUUUGGAGGAAUGAGCGGAUCGGCUUCUAACGCCGGGGCUCAGAGUUUCACUCAGGGUGGACCAUACGGCGGAAUGAGUGGAUCGUCUGCCAAUGCCGCCUCCCAGAGCUUCAGCCAGGGCGGUGGAUUCCCUCACCAAUUCGGAGGUGGUAUGUCUGGAUCGGGAGCCAACGCCGGUGCCCAAGGGUUUGGAUUUGGUGGAUAAGUGAAUUUGCAUUAAAUACAAUAUGUUCAAAGCUGGUCGACAGAAAUCUCGAAAUGUUAAAAUUUAAAGGCUAGGACCAAUAAAAGUAUUUUCAAGACAAGGGUAAA